AAAAAAUUUCAGGUAAAACAACCACUGUGUAUGUUGCAGCCAUGUUUCUGCAUUGCUCUGCACUCUGAUGGUGCUUGGGCAGCUCAGUGGUCCUGACAAAGCAAAUUAUAUGCAGGUUAAUCUGAGUAUAUUUGGUACUAAUUUACAUAAAUAUCUGGUAAUUUUCCCUUCCACUGGCACUUUGCUAUAGUGAAAAGCCAUGCCAGAUCUUUGUGCAACAGUGGGACAGAGCUUUGGUCCUGGGUCCUUGAUUUUUAGAAUGGGACAAAGGUCCUAAAGAGUACAAAACUUUCACUUGGGUGAUCGAAUCGGUUGUCACAAAGUGCUGACACAAGUAUCUCAGGAAGGCAGAGGAAACAGGUUAGAAGUAUAGCAUAAACGUUUCUAGUACCAGAAAUUUUGGGAAAUCUCUUUGAAGAAAACUUCUGUCAGAAUGGCAUCAUCCUGUCUACAGAUCUGUGCAUUCCUGCUGGCUUUAGCAGGAUUCACCACAUUACUUGUUACUACCAUGUCCAGCAGAUGGAAAGUUUUGGACACCACGACAGAGCUGGUUACUGCAGACUGGGUUUCUGAAGGUCUUUGGAUGGACUGUGCAACAACUGGUGUUGGAUCAGUACAGUGCAAGAAAUUUCUCUACAUGCUGAGUUCAGACCCUCACAUUCAGGCAUGCCGUGCCCUGAUGAUUACUUCCAUCCUUUUGGGAUUUGUAGCUGCAGUAUUCUCACUGCUUGGCAUGAAAUGCACAAACAUUGGGUUGAGUGAUGAAGAUGGAAAAAUGAAGUUUACUGUCACAGGAGGAUUUCUUUUUAUUUUAGGAGGUCUCUGCUCCAUGGUGGCUAUUUCUUGGUAUGCUGCAAUGGUUACUGCUCAGUUUUUUAAUCAACUCUACGCUGGAACCAAGUAUGAACUAGGAGAAGCUCUGUACUUAGGCUGGGCUGGAUCUAUCCUUUACAUACUUGGUGGGAUCUUACUGACCUGUUCAUGCAGAGGGAAGGAAAAUCAGAAUUACAGUCCCAAGAAAUAUGCAUAUUCAUCAGCCCAGGCAGCUAUUCAGCCACACAUGUACCCCAGGAGCUCUGAGACUGUCAUAAGCAACAAGGAGUAUGUCUGAGCUUCCAUUCUGCAUCACCUGUAGCAUUAGUGGGUUAUGAACUCAAAUAAAGAAGUCAACUGCUUCUUUAUUCCGGUUCCAAAUUGCAAUCCUAUGCCUUAAUUUGGAGCAGUACCAAGAAGAGGUAUGGUUUUCAAUGUAAAUAGGAACGGUUUUCAGAUGUAAACAGCUUUCUACAGAAGAUGCCAUGAUGUGAAAUCCUGUGGCAUGAAGGUUUUCUGCAUGCUGAGAAGCCUGGUAAAAUUUAACCAGAGCGCAGUAUAUGCUGACACUCAAGAGCAAUGGUUUCUAUUUCAGCUGACUCAAACAUGUGGAACUGAUAGCUGUAUCUGACUGCAAGUUCAUAUGCCUCACAGUUAGAAAUGUGUUGUGUUUUCAUUAAUGUUUAGCUUCCUUGUUUUGUUAGCAGCUUAAGCUUUUGACAAGAAAUAAACUUUGUUCCACAGACUGAAACA